CAAUUCGGAAUUGCCUGGGAGCGAGUCGAGGUCAAUCCGAAUUCCUCUCCGCUUUCAACGAAAGGGGAUCCGCAACACUCCUGCCCCCACCCGCAGUCAUCAGUGCACUAUUAGCAAGCUCUGCCCUACAGUAGCAACAAACGCAAUGCUUUCCCUAGCAUGCAGGACUGCUCUGCCCGCUGGCCGCCUGGCGGUGUCGGCCCGACGUCAGCUACAGACCGCUGCUGCUCUCGUAUCUCGUCGUCCCACUCGUUGUUCCUUCGUUUGCUCACGGCGUGCUCUGUCGACGUCCCCUGUGUACCAGAACGCUGCGGGAUCUUCCUCUCCGGGCGCCCCUCGAGUGCGACCAGCAGAGCCGUGGAAGCGCCACCUAAGUCCGGACCCAUCAACGCCGACUGUCUUCACCUUUUUUGAGAACGCGACGUCAACUUGGCAGUACAUCGUCGUGGACCCGCACACGUCCGAUGCAGUCGUCAUUGAUCCCGUCCUGGAUUACGAUGUUAAUGCUGGGGCCAUCUCGACCAAGACCGCGGACGGCCUGCUCUCGUUUAUCCACCACGAAGGGCUGCAUGUCCGCAGGAUCCUCGAAACCCACGCGCACGCGGACCAUCUCACCGCCGCACAAUACUUCAAGCAGCACCUGGGCCAGGACGUCCCAGUGUGCAUCGGACAGCGCAUCUCGCAAGUCCAGGAGACGUUUGCACCUAUCUACGGCCUCGACGAUCCAGCGCUGUUCGAAAAGACGUUUGACUGCUACCUCAAGGACGACGAACAGUUCGAGCUGGGAAGGCUCUCGUGCAGAGUGAUGCACCUACCAGGGCACACGCCGGACCAUGUAGGAUACAUGAUCGGCAAGGCUGUCUUCACAGGCGACUCGAUCUUCAACCCUGACGUCGGUUCCGCACGGGCAGACUUCCCUGGAGGCAAUGCGGAGGCCCUUUACGCCUCCAUGCAACGCCUGUUGUCGCUCCCCGCUGACUAUCGACUAUUUGUUGGUCACGACUACCCGCAGGACCGCGAUCAAACCUGCUGGUCCACCGUCGAGGACCAGCGCGAGCGGAACAAGCAUCUGAAAGUUAGCACAGACGCGCAGACUUUCAUCCAGUGGCGGAAGCAGCGUGACGCAGUGCUUGGCGCGCCGAGGCUGCUGCAUCCCUCCCUGCAAGUCAAUAUCCGCGCGGGCAAGUUGCCGCCCAAAGAUGAGAAGGGCAGAGUGUUCUUCAAAGUCCCCAUUACUUCAGAAGUGGAUCUCUAAAGAUUGAGGCUCUCGCUCCGUUAUUUCGUUCAGUAUAGUGAUUGUAGCGCCAUUUUGUAAUGACCAAUUGUAUGUUAUUCCCAUUUGAA